UCCAGUUUCAAAAGGGAGAGGAUCAAAUCCAGGGGAUAACCUUAUCCUUCAAACCCAGGUAGAGAUUUUGCCACAUAGGUCAACUCUGAAGAGACACAUCAGCUGAAAAUCUCUAAUUUCCACCCCCCAUUUCAUUGCCUCCACUGCUCAUCCAAUAUCUAAACUCCAAGCCCAACUCCAAAUAUACCAACACCUACACUUGCAUUCUAGGCAAAGAGAAAAUCCAUUAGCUAGCACCAAAAGAAAUGGCUUCUGCUUCAAUGGCUAUCCCACUGAUGUCUGCCACCCAAAACAGACUAAACCAGUCUAACUCUGCAUCACUGUUCAAAUCAGUCCCAGUCAGGCCAUCAAAGAAGGCUGCUUUUGUGAAGCCAAAGUCCAAAGGCAUGCUUAAGGUGGAGGCAUCUUUCAAAGAAAAGGCAGUGACAGGCCUAACAGCAGCUGCACUGACAGCCUCCAUGGUGAUACCUGAGGUAGCUGAGGCUGCAGGCUCUGGCCUCACACCCUCUCUCAACAACUUUUUGCUUAGCAUUGCUGCUGGUGGAGUUGUGCUUACAGCCAUUAUAGGAGCUGUUGUUGGGGUCUCUAACUUCGACCCAGUUAAGAGAACCUGAAGGAGAGGUUGAAAAUAUUUCCUCAAUUAUCUGUCUUUUCUGUUUUCUGUAUCUUUAGUAUGAUGUGCAACUCUGGAUGAUUGUAUGAAAUAUGUUUUUCAAGUGAAUAGAUUUUGAUUGUUUAUAACAA